UGUGUGUGAAUACAUGUGCCUUGAAUCUGAGUUGGUGCUCAUGUAUUGUCUGAGUGUGCAUGGUUUUGAGUGUGUAAAUGUGUGUGCCUGUGUGUGAGCACGUGGGUAAGUAUCUGGACGAGUAACAGGGUGUGUGAUCCGGGUGUCUGUGCGUGUGCGUGUGCAGCGUGGAGUAAAGGCACUCGCCCCUUGGUCCCUCUGAACAUCACACCUCUCUAAGCCCAAGGCAGGUGCAGAUGACAGGCAAGGGGGUGGAGGCCUCUCAGAAACAGGCAGGUGAGGUGGGCUAAGGACAAGGACAGGUUGUGGGGGGAGCUCAUGAGCACAUGAUGGGGAGAGGUGGGUGGCAAGGUCCAGUCAGACCAGGGCUCUCCCAGGAGCCUGUGCAGAGCUGGGGAGUUGGAGGUGGGGAAGGGGGGCUGCUCCUCCUGCCCGACCUGCUCCAGCCCCUGCCCUUGGGUAAGCACCUGGGGACGGGAGCAGCCACAAGGACCUCUGGAUCCAUCCUCGCAGCUACCCUGCCCUGCCCUGGCCCUGAACCCUGUGCCAGCACAGUCAACACAACGAGUUGGCUCACAGCACAGGGCAAAGGCCAGCGUCACCUGCCUUCAUAAGGAAACAGCACAGACUGUUUGGGCACUCAGGGUGUGCCAGGAGGCUCCUGCCUGGGCCUAGGAGCGUGGACUGCUGGAGUGACAGGAGUUACUGGAGUCCAGUGGACAGGCAGCCAUGGGAUUGAUGACAGGGGACCUGCUGGCACCCCUGGGUUUGGCCGUGGCCAUCUUCCUGCUCCUGGUGGACCUCAUGCACCGGCGCCCACGCUGGGCUGCACGCUACCCGCCAGGCCCCAUGUCACUGCCGGGGCUGGGCAACCUGCUGCAGGUGGACUUCCAGGACGUACCCUACUGCUUUAGCCAGCUGCGGCGCCGCUUCGGGGACGUGUACAGCCUGCAGCUGGCCUGGACGCCGGCGGUCGUGCUCAACGGGCUGGAGGCCGUGCGCGAGGCGCUGGUGAAGCACAACGAGGACACUGCCGACCGGCCGCCUUCGCCCUUUUAUGAGCACCUAGGCUACAGGCCACACGCGGAAGGGGUCAUCUUGGCGCGUUACGGGCCCGCGUGGCGCGAGCAGCGGCGCUUCUCCUUGUCCACUCUGCGCUUCUUCGGUCUGGGCAAGAAGUCGCUGGAGCUGUGGGUGAUCGAGGAGGCCGCCUGCCUCUGUGCCGCCUUCGCCGAACACGCUGCACAGCCCUUUAGCCCCAACGCGCUGCUGAACAAAGCGGUGGGCAACGUGAUCGCGUCCCUCACCUACGGGCGCCGCUUCGAGUACGACGACCAGCGCUUCCUCAGGCUAAUGGAAUUGGUGGAAAAGCAACAUCAGCCAGAAUCUGGCUACCUGAUGCAGGUGGUGAUGGCUCUCCCCGUGCUCCUGCGCAUACCAUGGGUUGCUGGCAAGGUCUUCUCUGCUCAGAGGGGUCUCUUGGCCAGGCUGGAUGAGCUGGUGACCGAGCACAGGAUGACCUGGGACCCAGCACAGCCACCCCGAGACCUGACUGACGCCUUCCUGGCCGAGGUGGAGAAGGCCAAGGGGAACCCCGAGAGCAGCUUCAACGAUGAUAACCUGCGCCUGGUGGUGGCUGACCUGUUCUCCGCUGGGAUGGAGACCUCCUCGACCACACUGGCCUGGGCCCUGCUGCUCAUGAUCCUGCACCCGGAUGUGCAGCGCCGUGUCCAACAGGAGAUUGACGAAGUGAUAGGGCAGGUGCGGAGACCAGAAAUGGGUGACCAGGCCCACAUGCCCUACACGACUGCUGUGAUUCACGAGGUGCAGCGCUUCGCGGACAUCAUCCCCAUGGGGGUGCCCCACAUGACGUCCCGUGACAUCGAAGUGAAGGGCUUCCUCAUCCCCAAGGGGACAACACUCUUCACCAACCUGUCAUCAGUGCUGAAGGACGAGGCGGUCUGGGAGAAGCCCUUCCGCUUCCACCCCGAACACUUCCUGGACUCUCAGGGCCGCUUUGUGAAGCCCGAGGCCUUCAUGCCCUUCUCAGCAGGCCGCCGCGCGUGCCUCGGGGAGCCCCUGGCCCGCAUGGAGCUCUUCCUCUUCUUCACCUGCCUCCUGCAGCGCUUCAGCUUCUCCGUGCCUCCAGGGCACCCCCGGCCCAGCGACCACGGUGUCUGUCACUUCCUGGUUACCCCCUGCCCAUACCAGCUUUGUGCUGUGCCCCGCUAGAGGCCCAAACCAAGCCCCAACCUUCUCUCCACCCAGGGGCCCUGAUGUCCAAUAAACCAACGUGCUUUGCCCACCUUGGCCCCCUGAA